AUGUCCGUUGGUAUCUCUAAAAGACGAAACCUGACCCUGGAUCGCGCAUAUCAUUGGGCCACGUCGCCUGCAAACUUCAGCCAUCGGAUCAUCCAUGGAUGCCUGGGAUCGCGGAAGACCAAGGGCCCCGGCUACAGCUUCGCGAGACAUCGACCUCCCCCGCUGCUCCCCUCCGUAGGCUGCAUGAAAAAUAAAAAUAAAAAAUCCCGAGCCGCCCCCACGGCCUCACCUCUCUCGAGUCUCGACUCGUCUCCUCUUGGCGACCGCGAGGCGGAGGCGAGCCGAGCCAGGGACUCCGUCCCGCGACCCUGCCGGCCGUCGAGCGUCGGUCGCCGGCCGCCGGUUCGCCGGCCGUCGCCCCGCCCCCAGGCCGACCCUGCUCCCCUGUGCGGCUGUGCUGCGCAGCUUCCAGCGAACCGCCACCGCAGCUGCUCCUCGCCGGCUCGCUCCCCGACGUCGCGGCUCCCGACGCCCGGUUCUUCCCUGCUUCCCUGUGCGGUUCCCUCCUUCUCCCUGGCUGGUGGCUGGCCCCCUCUCCCAAUUCCCAAAGCCAACAUGCCAUUGACAAAAAAUCUCAGAGUCGCCAUAAUCGAUAGCAACCCUGCAUUGAAGUCAAGAAAUUACCUGACUAAAAGCAGUAUACCAGAUUCUAGGGUCAGUACUGUUACUCCUGCAACCAUUUCCUUCUUCAAAGAAAUUGGCGCGUGGGAGCAUGUUCAACAGCAAAGACAUGCUUUCUUUGGUAAAAUGCAGGUGUGGGAUUACACUGGACUUGGAUACACGAGGUAUAAUGCAAGAGAUGUGGGUAAAGAAUACCUUGGAUGCGUGGUGGAGAACAAAGUGCUUUGCAAUUCUCUGCUCUUACGUUCUCAGGAAGAAUUGGAUGACAUGGAAAGUGUGAUAUAUCUUACCAGAUUGGUCUCUUACUUUCCCGUCGAAGAGCAGACAAGCAAGGAUGAAGCCAACAUCAAGUGAACCAUUAUCUGCUGGUCAUUCUACCGAGGAGUUAUAUUGCAGCAAUUUAGUUAAACUUUACCUGAGUGAUGGAAGGAGUUUAUAUUCCAAAUUGGUGAUAGGAGCUGAUGGUUUCAAGUCCAAUGUUAGACAGAUUGCAUGCAUAGAAACAACUAGAUGGAAUUAUCCGCAAAGUGCAAUUAUCUGUACAGUGGAACAUGUUAUGAAAAAUAAUUAAAUACACUGGUCUUCUCAGUUGUCA